ACCGGAAGCUCCGUACUUAUUUCCGUCUUUUCCUCCUCCUCACUUCGACGUCUGGUUUUAAAACAAUUUUUAUACCGAAGAGGACUUUUUUUUAUGACAUUUUAUAAUACUUUUAUGGAAGAUGGAGGAUAUUUUACAGUUGUAAUUUACCGUCAUGUUCAGUGGAAGGCUCCUGUAGGUAGCAGGACGCUGGUCUGACUGCAGCCACCAUGAGGUGACGAUUGCCACAUCUUAUCCUUUACCUCAGUGGGACACAUGGCAAGGAUCACGUUGUCCUGCCUGCCAGCCUCCUGGUACUGCAGCGCGUCCCUGCUGUCUCUAAACUGUGCCACCAAGCAGAGGCUCCUCUUCCUGCUGCUGCUGUUCAUCACCUCCGUUUUCCUGCUGGCCUCCUACCAGAGGCAGCUGUGGGGCUCCCAGCGCCGGCCGGGGUCCCGAGUCAACAAGUACCUCUCUAUCGUCGAGUCCUUGGAGGCCACCAAUGUCCUUGACUCUGCUCUGAAUUAUGGGAUUGUGGUGGACUGUGGCAGCAGCGGCUCCAGGGUUUUCGUGUACUACUGGCCCCCUCACAAUGGGAACCCCCACACCCUGCUGGACAUCCGACAGAUGAGAGACAGUGACCAUAAACCUGUAGUGAAAAAGAUCAAACCUGGCAUUUCCACUCUGGCAAACACACCAACACAGGCCAGCGAUUACCUGGAGCCUCUCCUCAGCUUUGCUGCUGCUCAUGUUCCUGCAAGCAAACAUAAAGAGACGCCGCUCUACAUCCUCUGCACUGCUGGCAUGCGGCUGCUGCCUGAGAGCCAGCAAGCGGCCAUCCUGGAGGACCUGGUCACCGACGUUCCUCUGGAGUUUGAUUUCCUGUUCUCCCGCUCACACGCUGAGGUCAUCUCUGGGAAGCAGGAAGGAGUGUACGCUUGGAUCGGGAUUAAUUUUGUCCUCGGCCGCUUCGAUCAUCCUGAGGAAGACGAUGCUUUGGUCGAAGUGACCACUGGGUCCGAAAACCAGCCGCCAAUCAGCAGACGCCGCACCGUGGGCAUCAUGGAUAUGGGCGGAGCUUCCCUUCAGAUAGCUUACGAAGUGCCCAGCGCCAUCACCUUCAGCUCGCCACAAGAGGAGGAGGCAGGAAAGAGCGUCCUGGCCGAGUUCAACCUGGGCUGCGACGUCGAGCAGACGCAGCACGUUUACAGAGUGUAUGUCACCACAUUCCUGGGCUUUGGAGGAAACAUGGCCAGGCAGCGCUACGAGGACCGGCUGGUGAACAGCACGCUGCCCAGAAACGGGUUUCCGGCCACAGAGAUGGGUCUGAGUGAGGAAAGGCCCUACCUGGACCCCUGUCUUCCAGUCAGCAUGUCUGACACCGUCACCCGGGGUAACCACACCGUGUACCUGAGGGGUCAGGGUGACUGGAGUCGAUGUAAGGAAGCUGUACGGCCUUUCCUGGGCCUUCACAAUGGCACCAUGUCUCCACAAGGCAUAUACCAGGCUCCCAUCAACUUCAGCAACAGUGAGUUCUACGGUUUCUCUGAGUUCUUCUACUGCAUGGAGGACGUGCUGAGGAUAGGAGGACAAUACAACAGCGACAAAUACACCCAAGCUUCCAAGGACUACUGUGCCACCAAAUGGUCGACCCUGAAGCAGCGUCUGGACAAUCAGCUUUUCUCUCAGCAGGCUGACAUCAACAGACUCAAGCUUCAGUGCUUCAAGUCAGCAUGGAUGCAUGAGGUUCUGCACUCCGGCUUCCGCAUUCCCACCGACUACCGGAGCCUGAAAACGGCCCAGUUGGUUUACGAAAAGGAGGUGCAGUGGACCCUGGGGGCCAUCCUGUUCAAAACGCGCUUCCUGCCGCUCAGGGAUCUGCAGCAGGAGACGCUGCGGCAGGGCCACCCCGGCUGGCUGCGGCCCUCUUUCGUCUACAACCACCACCUGUUCUCCCUCUGCCUCCUGGUGGUGGUUCUGGCCAUCCUGCUCUACAUCCUGCGCCUGCGGAGGAUCCACCAGCGCGAGCUGCGGCAGGUGGAGGCGCUGGAUCUGCUGUGGGUGGAAGAAGGCGAAGCGCUGCUGCCCUGAGAGAGGCGGUCUGUCCUCCAGCGUUUAAACUUUAAACCACAGGGAAAUCCCACAGCAUGAACAUCUGGAGGGAACUGAUCUGAGGAGCCAAAGCCCAACGAGGCAGGAAACCAAAACCACACAUUCUGAUUUUUAAUUCUUUAACUUUGUGAACAGAUUAUCUACUUUGUUCUCCUCCCUGGAUGGAGAGAAACAUCCCAAACCACUUUCCAUCAUUCCUUAAAACGUUCUCUUUAGGUGUAUUUAUUAAGCUGGGUUUGUUAAAGCUUCUGGUGGGAUUCUAGCUGAUGGGCGACCAUUCCAGGGUCCUUCUCAGAGUUUGGAGGCGACGCUCAUACUAUAAGCUAUCAGACUGACCCAGUGUGAUGCUGCUCUGAU